AGAAGCGACGAGAUGAGACGAGAGAAGAGACGCCAGCCGAAAAAGAAUAAUAGAGUAGCGAAAGGAAAUGAGACGCUGUGGGAAGAGAUAGAGAGGAGGAAGAAGAGAGUUCCACGCCGAGUGACGAAGAUCUUGCUGCCUUCUUACGUCGAUCGGUUCUUCCCCUAGAUCUCCUCCUCCCUCCGAUCCGCUUCCCCGAGUGCUUUUCUUUUUGUUUUGUUUGUGGGAGGUUGCGCUGGUGGUUUUGGCGACGGAGGUGAGAUCUGGAAAUUAUGGAGGAGAAGAUCUAGUAUUCGGCCUUCAGGUUGGAAUCUGAUCGAGUGUUGGAUCAGGGGAGGUGCCGCUGUCGCCUGAACAGAAGGUUGGUUCUCUUUCUCUGGUGGCGAUCGAGGGGGGAUUUAAGUUUGAUUUGGUCGCUGAAGAUGGAGGGAGAGGUGGGUGCGCAGGUCGCCCCGCCCAUCUUUUUUCACCACCGUCAGGCCCUCCCUGGACCUUUUCAUGAGACCCCGCUGCUCCUAAAGAAGCGGGAUUUCCCGUGGAAGAAUAACCCCAGCUUCCAGCACAACCAGCAGCAGGACAGCAGGCAGCGGCUGAUGGGCGCUUCACUCCCGGACCCGAGCGGUAAUUGGAACCCCAAGAUGUGGGAUUGGGACAGCGAGAGGUUCGUGGCGAAGCCCUCCUCCGCUGCGUCGGAGAUCCUCUCCCUGGGUUCCCAGCCGGCUUCUGCGGCCGCUGCCGUGGCCGAUAAAGGGGACGGGGGACCCAAAGAUUCGGUUUUGGGCAGGAACUUGGAAGAGGAUGACCAGAACCUAGCGCUGAAGCUAGGAGGCCGAGCGUACUCGGCGGAUGAGCCGACGACGAGGCCUAGCAAGAGGGUGAGGUCCGGCUCGCCAGGGAGCGGCUGCAACUACCCGAUGUGUCAAGUGGAUGAUUGCCGGGCGGAUCUGUCGAGCGCCAAGGAUUAUCACAGGCGGCACAAGGUGUGCGAGAUGCACAGUAAGACUGCCAAGGCACUUGUCGGUAAGCAGAUGCAGAGAUUCUGUCAGCAGUGCAGCAGAUUUCAUCCGCUUUCAGAGUUUGAUGAGGGGAAGAGAAGCUGUAGGAGGAGGCUCGCAGGGCAUAAUCGACGCAGAAGGAAGACACAACCAGAGGAUGCUUCUUCUAGACUACUGCUUCCUAGAAACCAACAGAAUAUGACAAAUGGGAGUUUGGAUAUAGUUAACUUGUUUGCGAUGCUAGCACACUUGCAAGGUAACAAUCAAGUUAAACCAACCAGCAUCCAUCCUCUGCCUGAUAGAGAUUGUCUUGUUCAACUUAUUAGUAAGCUAAGUGCGUCAAAUAAUGCAAACCCUUCCGCAAGAUCAUCCGUACCUGAAGGUUUUGAUUUGAAUGUAUCUCAAGUCCCAGCACAAGCUUCCUUUGGGCAGUCACCAAAGGCAAAUGGGGAUGAAAAUUCACCUUCCAAAAUGAACCUGUUGGCAGUUCUCUCUGCAGCUCUAGCUGCAUCUACUCCUGACGCCGCCACAUCUCUUUCACAAGGGAGCAGUGAAAGUAGUGGCAAUGAUAAGAACAAGCUACAAAAUGUUGAACCCUCCAGUCACAGUAACUCAACUAAUGUCUGUUCUUAUGUUGGACGUCUGAGCAAUAACUGCAUCAGUCAAUCUCGGGUAGAUGUACCUCAGCAGACGGUUGAGCAAGCCCGGAAAAAUUUACCUCUCCAGCUUUUUGGUCCUGCUGAUAAUGACAGUCCUCCAGAACUGGGAUCCGCAACUAAAUAUCUGUCCUCAGAAAGUAGCAACCCUAUGGAAGAGAGGUCUCCUUCAUCUUCUCCCCCUGUUACAAAGAAGCUAUUCCCUCUACACUCAACAAUGGAUAUGGUGAAAUACUCACAAGCAUCAGAAUGCCAGGAAGACAAAGCAACUGUUGAUUUAAGCUCCAGUCACGGUGGGAUUGCACCGCUUGUGCUCUUCAAGGAGUCAGAAACACGAGUUGUGAAUGGGACAAUUCAGAAUCUACCAUAUCGAGUAGGCUACAAAUCUUCUGGCUCAGACCACUCCCCUUCUAGUUCAAAUUCUGAUACUCAGGAUCGGACUGGACGGAUUAUUUUCAAGCUCUUUGGCAAGGAUCCAGGCAGUUUUCCUGAGACUCUUCGUGCUCAGGUAUUGAAUUGGCUUUCAAAUAGCCCAUCAGAGAUGGAGAGCUAUAUUCGGCCUGGUUGUGUGGUCCUAUCAAUCUAUUUAUCGAUGCCAUCUAUUGCAUGGAAUGCACUUGAAGACAAUCUUCUUCAGCGUGUCACUUCUUUAGUUCAAGACUCUGAAACUGAGUUUUGGAGAAGUGGGAGAUUUUUAAUUCGUACAAAUAGACAGCUGGUGUCACAUAAGGAUGGUAAGAUCAGAUUGUCUAAAACUUGGAGGGCAUGGAGUGCUCCAGAGUUGAUGUGUGUAUCACCUGUUGCUGUGGUAGGUGGGCAGGAAACUUCCCUUGCACUAAAGGGUCGCAAUUUGACCGUUCCGGGCACCAAGAUCCACUGCACUUACAUGGGUAAAUACAUGUCAAAAGAAGUUCUUUGCUCAGCAUAUCCUGGCACCAUAUACGAUGAUUCCUGUGUGGAAAGGUUUGACUUUCUUGGAGGAUCUCCAAAUGUCUAUGGUCGCUUUUUUAUUGAGGUGGAAAAUGGUUUCAAGGGGAACAGCUUUCCUGUUAUUAUCGCUGAUGAUAGUAUCUGCCAGGAAUUGAGAGCUCUUGAAUCUGACUUUGAGGAAGAUGUUCAAACACCAGAUGCCAUCCCAGAGGAAGAGGUUCAUAACAGUGUGCGACCCAGGUCAAGGGAAGAUGCUUUGCACUUCCUAAAUGAACUUGGUUGGCUGUUUCAGAGGACACAAGCGUCAUGCAGCCCUCUGUUUGCUGAUUUUUCCAGCACACGGUUGAAGUACCUCCUCACAUUUUCAGUUGAGCGAGAUUGGUGUGCUCUUAUUAAAACGCUUCUGGAUAUUCUUGUGGAAAGAAGCUUAAGGAAUGAUACUAUAAAGCAAGAGUCACUGAAAAUGCUUUCAGAAGUUGAACUCUUGAACAGAGCAGUUAAGAGAAAGUGCAGGAAAAUGGUAGAUUUGCUUCUUCAUUAUUGCGUAAGCCAUGGACAAGAUGUGACAAAGGUGUAUCUUUUUACCCCCAACAUGUCUGGUCCUGGUGGAAUCACCCCACUGCAUAUGGCUGCAUCUAUGCAAGACUCAGAGGACAUGGUUGAUGCACUCACUAAUGAUCCACAGGAGAUUGGGUUGAAGUGCUGGAACUCAUUACUGGAUGACAAUGAUCAGUCCCCCUUCAUGUAUGCUAUGUUGAGGAACAAUCUUUCGUAUAACAGACUGGUGGAGAGAAAGCUUGCUGACAGGGCGAAUGACCAGGUCACCAUACUAGUUGAAGGCGGAGAAAUAUCCAUAGAUGGAUCAUGGGUAGGAGGAUCAAACAGGCAUGGUGCUCAAAAUUCACAACUAAGAUCUUGUGCACAAUGUGCUUUGGUGGGGACUGCACGGCUCAGACGAAAUGCUCGAUCCAAGGGACUGCUUCAACGCCCUUACGUCCAUUCAUUGCUCGCAAUCGCCGCAGUUUGUGUCUGUGUCUGUGUAUUUUUCCGGGGCGCACCACAGAUUGGUUCUAUUGAGCCGUUCAAAUGGGAGAAUCUAGACUUUGGCCCCAGAUAGUUUCAGUUGAUUAGUCAUGGUGCAACUGAAGUAUAGGUGAUUCAGAUAUGAAGACACUGAAAGUAGUGUUGCCUUGGUUUUGACACUGGCACCUUGUAACAUAAUAUGGAGAAGUGGCUGAUGGCAGGCAAGACAAGCUUGGGAUGAGUGGUUUGGUCAAGAAAACCUUUUCACUAGCGAGGCCCUUGAGAAAGCAGGUACCAGGACGCAGAUCGGAGUUGGGUGGGAGAAUGGUGGUUCCCUCAAGCUGCCAAAGUAGACGAAGAAAACUCUGGGUACUAACUUUGCCUGUACUUAGAAGAAUCCCUUGGCUAUAAUUGUUGAUUAUUGUAUUAUGGUUCUGCCUUUUUGUGGUAUCUUUCCUUUUUAAAUCUAUGGAAAAGACAACACGAGAAGCCCACCAUGUGUUUGUAAUAACUUGGGGAGGAAAGAGGAAUUGUAUCA